AUGGACGAUGAGCCAACGCGAGUCAUAGUAUACACAUGCGUUACAGAUAUACCUGGUGACCCCCAACGGCGCCAUAAUACUCUUGGACAGGCACUCUGCAAGCAAGUGUUUGGAAGGGAGUUCCAUGCGGAGCUCCGGCCUUCUUCUUACGACCAUGUUCAUAUUCCCGCUGAUUUCGACUCCGACCAACCACUGAAACGAUGGUUCAUAUUCGAUUUGAACGUCAAAGACCAGAUUACUGUGGAGGCUGUUUCGCAGAUUCCACAUGCGGUAUACCUGGCAAGUUGCCAAAGCGGCGAAUUAAUAUUCAUCCCACGCGAUGUCUGGGCUGAGAAAGCAAAGUCCCGAGCUAAAUCAUACACAUGGGGCGGGAAAAUGGAACAAAAGAUGGUAGAUGAAAUGAGAGAGAGAUUGGCAGAGGACUGUCCAUCUCCCAGUCAAGGAGAUUCUGGUGGUGUUAUCCCUCUGCAUGCCGGGCAUUCCUCAUCAUCUUUAUCCUCUUGCCAGUCCCAAACAUCUACUCGCUGA